GAACAUAAACUAACCUAAAAACAUUUCGUUAGCGGGGGAGCAAACAAUACGCACGUGUAUGUUUCUCCCCAAAAAUGAAAAUAAAUUGAAGAUAAAGAAAUUACAAUGAGUAAGUUAUACGUGUUAUAUGAGCACAGCGCGGGCUACGCGUUGUUCCGUGUGGCAGAGUUUGAAGAACUUGCAGCGUUUUUGCCUCAAGUUGAAGAGUCAGUGACAGAUUUACAGCGUUUUAACUCAGUUGUGACGCUCAAUGGAUUCCAACCCUUUAAAUCAGCAGUUGUUGCCUUGGAAAAUAUCAAUGCGGUGUCUGAAGGUAUAUUACCAGAAGACUUGAACCUCUUCCUGGAAGGUGCUCUCCCGAAGCGCAAGAAGCGCGGGAAGUGCACCCUCGGUGUUCUGGACCCCAAGCUUGGUGCUGCCAUCAGCGAGGCUCUGGAGAUCCAGUGCUCUCACACCGGUGCAGUCCCUGAGAUCCUGAGAGGUAUUCGCCAUCACUUCCAUGCUUUAAUCAAAGGCUUGACCCUGAAAGCAUGCAGUGUCGCGCAGCUGGGUCUCGGCCACUCGUACUCCCGAGCCCGCGUGAAGUUCAACGUGCAUCGAGUGGACAACAUGAUCAUACAGUCUAUUGCUUUACUGGACCAACUGGAUAAGGAUAUCAACACAUUUUCUAUGCGGAUCAGAGAAUGGUACUCAUACCACUUCCCGGAGCUGAUCAACAUUGUGCCAGAGAAUCCCCUCUACACAAGAUGUGCAGAAUACAUCAAGGACCGGAAGACACUAAGCGAGGAGUCCGUAGAGCCUCUCACAGAGAUCCUGGGUGACUCAGAGAAGGCCCAGGCUAUUAUAGAUGCCUCCAAGAUGUCAAUGGGCAUGGAUAUAUCGCCAGUUGACCUUAUUAAUAUACAGAUGUUUGCUGGCAGAGUUGUUGGACUCAGUAAUUAUAGAAAGCAAAUAGCAGAAUACCUGCACACUAAGAUGCAGUCUGUAGCGCCGAACCUCACGACGCUGGUGGGAGACCAGGUUGGUGCCAGGCUCAUCUCCAAGGCUGGCUCCCUCACCAGCCUCGCCAAGUACCCAGCAUCUACUCUCCAGAUAUUAGGUGCCGAGAAAGCUCUAUUCCGCGCCUUGAAGACUCGCUCGAACACUCCUAAGUACGGUCUGCUGUACCACUCCACGUUCAUCGGGCGCGCGGGGCUCAAGAACAAGGGCCGCAUCAGUCGCUACCUCGCCAACAAGUGCUCCAUCGCGUCCAGGAUCGAUUGUUUCUCUGAAAUCCAAUCAUCGGUAUUCGGCGAGAAACUACGUCAGCAAGUAGAAGACCGUCUGAAGUUCUAUGAAACUGGUGACAUUCCUAAAAAGAAUAUAGAGGUCAUGCAGGAAGCUCUAGAAGAACUCCAGCAGUCUGUGGACGCUGUUGACGGAAGUGCUAAGAAGAAGAAAAAGAAGAAGAAGAAGGAGCAAGAAGUAGCUAUGGACGAAGAUUAGCUAUAGAGUUAUAUGUUUUAUAUCGAAGUGACUUAUUUUUAUGUCGAUAUACCUCUAUUGCAGUUAAUAAAUUACUUUUAAGGUU